AUGAGGUCAGCAUCAGAAGAGCCAGUCCCAUUACAUGAAGAAUUUAUCUACUGUUGUGGAGCUGCUACCCAUGUCUUAAAGUGUGGGCCCUGGAAAGACCUCUCAAAAGAUGAAAGUAAAAAUCUACCCAGGCUCUUAUUCAUGAUUAUUCCUGGUAACCCUGGACUGGCAGGUUAUUACAGGACCUUUAUACAGGCCUUAUAUUGCGGACUAAAUCAGCAGUAUCCCGUUUGGGUUGUGAGCCAUGCUGGACAUUGUAAGCCUCCUAGUGGUAUGGAAAUGAUAGAAGACACAGAUAUUAAGGAGCUAGAGGAUGUUUUUGGACUUAACGGACAAGUAGAGCAUAAGCUGAACUUCCUCAAAAAGAAUGUAUCAAAAGAUAUAAAGCUGGUACUGAUUGCUCAUUCUAUUGGUUGCUACAUCACACUGGAGAUGAUGAAGCGAGCAUCAGAACUUCAGGUUCUUCGCUCUGUGCUGCUGUUUCCAACGAUAGAGCGUAUGGCUCAGUCCCCUCAAGGAAAGCUCAUGACCCCUUUGCUGUGCAAACUUCGUUACGUUCUGUACAUGCCCGUCUACCUGCUGUCCUUUCUACCAGAGGGAGUCAAAGCCUCCCUGGUGCGGUUUGCUCUGCGAGGAAUGAAGACCUGUGACGAAUCUUCCAUAACAACCUCUGUAAAUCUUUUCAGCGUGGACUGCAUUGCCAACAUCUUGUAUAUGGCAAGCCAAGAAAUGAUGAAGGUUGUGGAGAGAGACAGUACAACCAUAAAGCAAAAUUUAAAGAAGCUGAUUUUUUACUAUGGAACUGGAGACAGCUGGUGUCCACAGCAGUACUACGAUGAGAUCAAAAUGGAUUUUCCAGAUGGGGACAUUCGACUUUGUGAGAAAGGGCUCCGCCACGCCUUUGUGCUAGAUGCCAGCAAGGAGAUGGCUGCAAUGAUUACAGACUGGUUACAGGAUGAUUUGACCAAAUUGUAAACACGGAUUCAGUGAUUAACAAGAAAAUGAUGUAAUUAUUUUGUGAACGUGUAAUUUUUUGUGAGAGAGUCUGUCCUAUUUUUUUCUGUUUAUUAUAGAUUAUGGCUUGUUUUCUAUUGAGAUGUUUUAGAGAAAGUUAAAGAGAGACUGGCUGGUCCAAAGUAUAGUUUUAUUGAUUCAGUGGUGAUGUACCUUCAUCCUGUGUCUUCAGGACUCUGCAGGACUUGGCAAAGGGUGGGAUAUUUAUUGUCUGCCAGCACUCUAGACAACACUGAUACUAGAUUCACUGGCUACAAGUGUACCUGAGUUACUACCACCUCACUCACCUGCUGGAGAACUGUCAGGGAUGGGUUUGGGGCAGCCCAGCUGGCCUGCUUUAGAAAGAAAUACCAGGCUACUCCGUAUGGAUAAAAAUCCCCCUGUGGAUGGAUCCCGGCAAUGGAUCCUGGUAUGCUGUGAAAGACCUGGCCCUCUCCACAUGUCUCGUCUGUCCAUGUAACCGUGGUGCAUGACAGCCAGAACAGCCCAAGGC